CCAUAUCUUGCCUCGCGACGAAGCGAUUGACUUAAGCAGAAGGCCCGGGCGAAAAGGGCAGGCGGACGGCAGGGCACAAACGAUGGCCACCAGCCAGUUCGCGCCCAACCUUCUCAAGAGAACCAACAGUGCAGUCGGGUACUCCAAUGGAACAGCGCUUCAACACCGGAGAUCCCUCACGACAAUCCCGUCCUCGCGACCCACCCGCUCCCCGCAGCCCCCCGAGAUGGACCAGACCUCAGACCCGAGCUUCAAGGGCAAAGCUCCCUCGACCAGGACGGGCGCAUCGUCCCAGCACAGCUCGCUGUCUGCUAGCGCACAACCUCGUUCUGAUGCUGCCUUACGGCGGCCCCGCAAGCUGCGGUCCCAAUACCCGCGCGGGAGCUCCGAGAACCACGUCGAAUACAUUCUCGUGGCGUCCUUCGACAUUGACCGCGGGCCGGUCAUGGAGCACCAGUAUCCGGUAGCAAUCACGGGCGACGAGCACAUGCUUGCCGAGCUCAUGCUCCCGGAUCAGGCCCACGUGAGGAAUCAAGACUGGACAAUAUUCUUCCUUCAUAAGGACACCAGCCAAGAAGAGGACGAUGCGGAACGGCGAGCCAAGGAGGAACGGCGAGCGCGGAGAAGGAGGAAGCGGGACCGGGAGAAGGGCAUAAUACACGAAUCGGACGAUGAAGGCGAUGAGAACGGCGGCCUGGACGAUGACGAUGACGACGACGACGACGACGACGACGAUUGGGACGAUGACUUAUCGACGGAUUCCGAGCCUGAAAGCAGCGAAGGCCCUCCGCUGGUUUAUGUCCUCAACCUCGUCAACACGAAACAAGACAAGACGGUCAAGCGAGGUGCCGUGGUCAAGGCAAUGGCCAUCUGCACCCGCCAUCCCUUCCUCCAUAUAUACAAGCCAUUACUAUUAUUGGCCUUGGAUGAGUACUUCAAGGCGCCGGUGCCCGAGACUCUUGCAAUGCUCUACAACGCCGUCAACGAGAUGGAUCUGUCGCUGAUGCCGAAGCUGAACUGGCUCGAGAAACACCUCUUGCAAUCGAGCGACAACAAGGAUCUCUUCGUCGAGAAGUUUGAGCAGAUGAUCGAGGAUCGGAUUGCUGGAACAUCCGGAGCAGAUGUCGGCCAGCCUCUCGACGCCAGCAACGCUCCUCCGCCACGGCCCACCAUCUUCCGGUCGGGGUCCAAGGCUCACAUUGAAGGGCACGCCGCCUACGUGGUGCCCAGAGACACGCACGAGUUCGAGAGCAAGGUCAUGUACAAGGGCAUUCCCAUCCCGGUCAAGGUUCCCGUGGCCGUCAUGCCCGAGAUUGUCGGCGACUUCUCCCUGAUCAAGCUGAUCCAGAACUUCUCCGACCCACACUCCAAGUCUCCGCAAACCUUCCCCUUACAUCCUCACCUAACAACAAACGGGCCCAACACGCACCCGAUCAUAGUGCUCGUCAACGCCCUCCUGACGCAGAAGCGCAUCAUCUUUCUGGGACACAAUAUGCCGUCGGGGGAGGUGGCCGAGGCCGUCUUGGCCGCCUGCGCGCUCGCGUCGGGCGGGAUUCUAAGGGGCUUUACUCGGUAUGCUUUCCCGUACACGGACCUUACCAAGGUCGACGACCUCCUGAAGGUGCCCGGGUUCAUCGCGGGAGUGACAAAUCCGACCUUUGAGCACCACCCCGAGUGGUGGGACUUGCUGUGCGACCUCUCGACCGGGAAGAUGAAGAUCAGCAGCAAGAUCGAGGCAGCCCCCAUCACGGAAGGGCUAGUCUACUUCCAGCAGCAGAACCCGGCCUACGCGAACCUGGUCCACAGCUCGUCCAGCAGCGGGUCGUCGUCAAACGACCUGACGGGCGACGCUGCCUUCAUGGCGGAGAUCCUCCGAUGCAUCACCACGCGGGCGGGCGAACGCGUGAUCCGCGCCAAGUGGAGGGCCUGGGUUGUCAAGUUUACGCGCAUCGCGGCCGCGUUCGAGGAGAGCGUGUACGGCGCCAGCGCACUCUACAUCGGCACCGACGAGCAGGAUGCCAACCUGUCUGCAGCAGCGCACGGUCACGGGUACGUGUGGGUGGACGAGGCGACCAAGGCGAAGGAACUGGCGGGCAACGUGACGCGGAUCGAGGGGUGGAGAAAUACGAGAAGCUAUUACAGCUUUAUUCAGGACGUCGCGCGGCUCCAUCACGUCCGGCCCCUCAAGGGCAUCGACCUGGCGCACCUGCACGACCGGCUGCGCACGCAGCGGCUCACGCCGGAGCAGAGCAAGGAGAUCUACCACACGCUGGCCAAGUACGUGCACUCGUACGACGAGAUCUGCAUGCUGCUGAGCGUGGCGCCCGAGUCGCAGGCCGGGCUGUUCUACAUCGCGCUCGGCCUCUUCCACAAGGACCGCGACGUGCGCUUCAAGACGGCCGAGCUGCUGGAGCGCGUCGCCGAGCACGAGGCGGGCCAGCACUGGUGGCGCGUGCUGAGCCGGUUCGAGAAGCUGGCCUAUGUGCGCAUCAAGAGAGAGGCCGAGGCGGAGAUGAAGGCUAAGCUGGAAAGGGAAGAGAAGGACGCAUUUGGAAGGGAUAUUGGCGACAGGAGGAUCAGUUGAGGAGGGUAGGGCUUAUUGCGCAUGAUGCGACCGGGUUUGGGCGGGGUGUUGUGUGACUUUCGUGACCGGAUCCGGGCAUUGUCGGCUGUUCUUGGUCCGUUCG